AUGGCUCAGAAUGAAAAAAAGGGUGGUAGGGUGUUCCACCUAACCCCGGCCGCCUAUGAUAUGGCUGAGUUUAUGGCUGUUAACGAUCUUGUUGACCCGGGAUUCAUUGGACCUGCAUUUACAUGGACCAAUAAUAAAGAUGCAAGUAGCAAGUUUUUUUCCAGAUUGGAUAGGUUCCUCAUAAGCUCGGAUAUUAUGGAUGAGUUUCAGGGAUUGCGGGUCUGGCAUCUAUCCAGACUCAUUUCCGACCACUGUCCCAUUCUUUGUUCUGUUCAGGAGGGAACAAAGAUCAACUACUCCCCUUGGUUUCGGUUUGAGGACGUCUGGGUGGGAUAUCCCAAGGCCCGACAUUUGGUGCUGGAAAAAUGGAGGGUGGCAGAUCAUGGUAGCGAGGCGGUACAAUUCCAGAGGAAAUGCAGUAAAACGUUAAAGGCCUUGUUCUUCUGGAGUAGGAACAAAUUCAAGCUACUCAACAAACAAAGGGACGAGCUGGAUGGUGAGAUCCGGAAGUUACAAGAGCUGGAAGGGGAAACGGGUGGACUGAAUGAGGCUCAAACCGAGAAGUUGAGAUUCAAUGUGCAACUUUUUAAUAGCACCUUGGCCGGCAUUUUGACUUGGUGGAAACAGAGGGCCAAGGUGAGGUGGAUUGAAGAGGGAGACGACAAUGCUCACUUUUUCCAUUCCAUGGCGUCGGCGCGGAGGAGAAUGAAAUGUAUUGAGUCUAUUAAGCGGGAGGAUGGCAGUGUGGCGACGGAGCUCGAGGAGAUCUCUGAUAUCUUCUUCCAGUUUUUUGAUCAGAAAUGGAAGGGACAGGAGAUUGUGGAAUCAGAUUGGCCGUCUCUCGAACUCCACUAG